AUGAACGAAGAAAGUCCUCUUAUUCCACUCGAGGAACGUUCGGAUGAUGAUGAUCGCAACACAACUCAACCGUUUCAGCCAGGGGCUUCAUCAACGCCUGGCCCCUCUGGUGAAUGCUACCUCAUGCACACUACAACGAUGAAUAGGACGCCCGAAAGAAGGCACAUUCAAGAAACAUCUUUUAUUAGAGCCAUUCCCCGUGGACAGAUUAAUAAUCCUGAAGACCAAAGAAUAAUUUGGGCACAGUCAAUUCUAGAAGGCCUUUACCCUGAUUAUAACUGUGAGGGGGCAGUGGGCUAAAUCUUGAAAUUUCAAGAAACAAAAGAACCUGGGCAAAAUCGUAGUUUUUGGCCCAUAGGGCGGCGAAACUGUGAUUUUCGAUGAAAAUACGUCAGUGAGAGAAACCUUCCCAGAGUUUCUCAAAGACGCUCUCGGUCAGUCAAGACAUGAGCGUAUUGCCCAAAAUCAAGAAGGAGUCGACAGGUGCAAUGCAGAAAUAGGGGCAAAUGAAGAUAUUGCAAACAAUGGAAAUGAACAACCGGAA